AUGGCCUUGCUAGCAUCUUCGUUGCUAUCGAACGUCUUCGGCGCCCCCUGCGAGUUGGACCUCCAAAUCAACGCCGAGCCAAGUAGGAAGAAGGCACCAGUUACUCGAGAUAAGAAGGGAGAUCUUGGAUACAUUUUCACUGACGGUGAGGACGUAUGUGGUACAGCGACUGUCCGUUUAAAGGGUGAUAAACGGCUGGAGCAUCAAGGCAUCAGAGUUGAACUCAUUGGGCAAGUGGAUAUGCUUUACGACCGAACCAGCUCAUACGACUUCUUCUCGAUCACUAAGGAUCUCGAACCCCCAGGAGUCCUCACUGAAACUAGGAGCUAUAAGUGGAAAUUCUCUUCGGUUGAUAAGACGUGUGAAACGUAUAGUGGUAUCAACGUCCGCCUUCGAUACUUCGUGCGGUUAGUCGUGCAGAGGCCGUAUGCUACGAAUGUCUCAAAAGAAGUUGAUUUUGCAGUGCAGUUGGCACAACCACAGCCUGAGAUGAACACCGGUAUCAAAAUGGAGGUGGGGAUUGAAGAUUGCCUUCACAUUGAAUUUGAGUAUUCCCAGUCGAAGUUCAACUUGAAGGACGUUGUCGUUGGAAAGGUGUAUUUCCUCCUUGUUAGACUGAAAAUCAAGCACAUGGAACUGGACAUAAUACGUCGAGAAGUUACAGGGGCUGGUGCCGGCUCGAAUCAGCUCGGGGGGACGACUGAUAACGAGACUGUCACUAAAUUCGAGAUUAUGGAUGGAUCACCUGUGAGAGCUGAAUGCAUCCCAGUCCGUCUCUACUUGUCCGGAUUUGACCUAACUCCCACCUAUAAGAAUGUUCAGAAUAAAUUCUCGGUGAGAUACUUCCUCAACCUAGUGUUAGUGGACGAGGAGGAUCGUCGAUACUUCAAACAACAAGAGAUCACUUUAUGGCGCAAGACCAUCGGCUGA